GGUCAUACUUUACAUUACAUUGUCAUUGUUGCAAUGCUACUAUGUAAUUACGUAACUUAAUGUUAUUUUGAAUGUUAAUAAUAAAACAUAUUGAAAUUGCUUGUAACUGCACAAGCUUGUAAUUAAACAGGUUGUUGUAAUUGCUGUUGUUAUAACCUAUUAAUUUGGCUAUCCAUCAUAGCUUUUCAACAUGUUACAUUGUAAUGUAAAGUGUUACAAAAAAACAGUCAAUUCUUAUAGAUAAAGUGUGUGAUUAUUUGCAAAUGAAUGGUUAUGUUUAAAUUGCUCAGUCACAUCAUGCAAAGUGGACUUCAGGAAAUUUGGCCACUUUAAAAGGUGCUGUAUGUAAGUUUUUGACUUUACUAAAGCAUAAAAAUACCAUAAUAUGUUUGCAGAUAUUUAAGAAACAUGCUAUGUUAACAUAUUUGUUUAUCUGAAAAGCAAUGCUACAGUCAGUUAUUCUGCUUUGAAAAUGUGUGUUCUGGGCCGGAAUGUCGGUCUCUGUUUUGGUUUGUGAAACCCGCCCACUGCCAGUUUACCCAAUUGUAUUUCAGCGGGUUGCCAGUUGUUGGGAAACAGCGCUCGUUACCGUUGGUGUCGUCAAUCUGGCAACCUGCCUGUGCAUCAAGUCUGAGGAGGAGGUGCCUGGUGUAAAAAACCCUCUCCAAUAUUUUUAAUUUGGACUCCAAUACCAAGUUCAUCCACUCGGUGUCAAUCCUACAUACAGCACCUUUAAGUAAUUAAAGCUGCAGUCGUAAGUUUUGCCUCUUUGUAGCCUGGAAACCUGCAAUUGCAGCUGUGUGCGGAAUUAUCUUCCUUGCCAGGGUUGUGUUCCGGCGCACUCAAAUUAGAAAACAUUAUUAUAAGCUAACCAUUGUGAAACAGGCUAAAGUAAGGCAAUAGUUUUUAACACUGUCUGGUUAUGUUCUUGUUCAAAUAUUGAUUUUGGAUCAUUUUUAACCAAAAAAAGUUACGGACUGCAGCUUUAAGUGUUUGCACUGCAAACUGCUUCGGGAACAAGUGUACAUUGACAUAUGACUUCACAGGAAGUUGAAUAAGGGAAUUUACCCACAAGCCAUUUUCUACCACCUUGAAUAUGUGCACUUCCCUACUAUAUCACAUGUCUAAUGAACACUGUGGCCAAAUAUGCAGUAAUAAUCAAACGGUAGGCGAAAAAUACCCAAAUUGACGGAUUGCAUCUGCUGACAUUGUGAGGUGUACAGCCAGGAAACUUUUCUGUCCCAUAAGACCUAUUAAGCUGAGGAGCUGUCAGAUUCAGAAAAGCUGACAAAUAAAAAUAAAAAUGAUGAGUCAGGUGGCUCUUUCCACAUGUAAACGCUUUAGAUACCAAAAAUAUUGGUCCCACUAGUCAAUUAUUUAUCAAAUAAAGUACAUACUUUAUUUAGGAUGGGAUUUUGGACACAGAAAAAGUUUGACUAAAAGAAAUGUGAUUUUUGUUUUUUAUUCAGAGUAAUGGGAAAAAAGUGCCUUUUAUGCUGUUUUUGAGCAUGUAAAGAGAGAUGUAAUUACCGAGUAGACCAAGUAGAGACCAUGUGAAUCAGAAUGCAGCUAAAUAAUGUUUUUUAAAACAGGUUUUAGAAAACUCCCCUGUCAGCCAUUGGUUGGCUGAACAGAUAGUCCCACCCUGAAGUCACACCACAAAGUGACAGUGUUUACACUUUCUGUGGGAAUCUACAGAUUGGUUUACUUAUUGUUGUCUGUGUGUUUAAAGUUGGGAUAGGAGGAAGUAUUUGGGUUUUUAAAAAUAUAUUUGCUGACAUGCUCAGAAAGUCCCACUGUAACAGUCCUAAACUUCUCGUUUUUUGUCAGCAGCCUUGAAAAGCAGCGCAAUAGGCAGCCCGCAUGGAACGAGCAGGAAGCAUCCAACUUGAUAUUCCGGACUUCAGCAACUCCGUCCUGUCGCAUCUGAACCAGUUGCGAAUACAGGGCCGUCUAUGUGACAUCGUGGUCAAUGUUCAGGGCCACAGUUUUCGUGCCCACAAGGUGGUCCUCGCCGCCAGCUCCCCCUACUUCAGGGACCACAUGUCACUGAGCGAGAUGAGCACCGUCUCCAUAUCAGUGAUCCGCAACCCAACCGUGUUCGAGCAGCUCCUUUCAUUUUGCUACACGGGACGCUUGUGCUUGCAGCUUGCCGAUAUCAUCAGCUACCUGACGGCUGCCAGCUUCCUUCAGAUGCAGCACAUUAUUGACCGUUGCACCCAGAUUUUAGAGGGAAUCCACUUUAAAAUCAGUUUGUCAGAUGUGGAAGAGGAGCUUGGGAACGGGGCCCACAGGACCGCCAACCAAACCAUUGAGUCAGGAAGAGGUGGGACCGGGCUAGGUGGGUCCCGCUCCCUAAGUCCCAGACAUACCAGUUCCCGAUUGAUUGGCAACACUGGGGUGAUCAACAUCCGUGAUGUGAGGGAAGUCAGAGAGAUCAGUCCCCCUGGGGAGUCCAUGAGCCCCCAGAUAGUGGAGCACAGUGGCAUUGGUUCGGAGGAGGUGGGAACUGGGAAAGAGCCCAUUCUCCGUAUUAACCGAGCCGGGCAGUGGUAUGUCGAGACGGGGACUGAGGUGGAGAGAGGUGGAGAGGAGAACGUGCAGAUGGUGGAUGGGUUUCGGAUUAAGACGGAAAGGAUGGAUGAGUGGAUGGGGGCAGAGACCCAGGCGUCGGCGGAGGAGGGCAGUGGGGCCGAGGAGGGGCCGACGGUGAUGAUUGACACCUCAGGACGUAGCACACUGGUGCAGGAAGGAGGAAGAGGGGGGAAAAGCUCCCAGCCAUCCAGCAGCUUCAGUGAAACAGAGAGGUUUAGUCCAACAGGAAGUGUGGUUGUGAUGGGUGAUCGCAAGAGAGCCAAGAGUGAGUCUCCAGGAAGAGUUGACGAUCAGAGACACCCCACCUCACAGGGAGAGGAACAAGCCGUGUUUGACAUGGGGGGAUACGAGGAGUACCUACGAGAACAGGUUGGUGACCGAUGGUUCCGCUACAACCCCCGUCUCACCUGCAUUUACUGCUGCAAGUCCUUCAACCAGAAGGGCAGCCUAGAUCGCCACAUGCGCCUGCACAUGGGCAUUACCCCCUUCGUUUGCCGAAUCUGUGGGAAAAAGUACACCCGCAAGGACCAACUCGAGUACCACAUCCGUAAGCACACAGGAAACAAGCCCUUCCAUUGCCACGUCUGCGGCAAGAGCUUCCCGUUCCAGGCAAUCCUCAACCAGCACUUCCGCAAGAACCAUCCAGGCUGCGCCCCACAGGAGGUGUCCCACAGUGCCUCACCCGAGACCACUACGGUCACCUCCCGUGGAGGGCAAAACGAAGAAGAGUCGCCCUCCCAGGAGGAUGCCGAGGGAAAUGGUGGAGGGGGAGGUGCCGGCUCGUCCUUCGGAGAAGGGGUCCAACCUUCGGUAUCCACCACUGGGCCCGACUGAAAGGCUUUGAAGGAAAACGUAACAAGUUUAGGGAGACACAGGACAGCGGGGUCCAGCAGGACCUUCUUUUGAGAGUUCCCUCUGUCCUUUGUCUCCCACCAUCCACACUGAAAUUGCAAGUUGGAAGGAGUUGAGUGAGCAGGAGUUUCUCUCAGCUGCUGUCAACGAGGAACGGAUAAAAUAAGGGACAGUCUUCUGCGUCCUACUUGGACGGAGAACCUCUAUUUUUUCCAGUGAGAACAAAGAUGCAAGGAACAAUUUGCUAGGAAUAGUAUUCUCUAGGGAUUUAUAAAUGGUAUUUCCGCUUUAAACCGCAUCUACCUUCACCAUACAAACUGAACAGGACAUCAAUAUAUGAAGACAAGCCACACUCCAACAACCUCACACACCACUGGAUGCAGUGAUUUUUGUUUUCUUUUUUUUUUUUGUCUUUAGUCUUUCCUGUCUUUUAUAUGUUACAUUUUUUUAUAUUUUUGUACUACUACAGAUCUUUCAGGAUAAACUAAAAGAGAAGCUCUAGCUAUGAUUUGGUCAAACUGCAUCGAAAUUGCCAAACUUCUCUGUGCCAGAAGAUGUGUUAUAAAAUAAGAGGACAUCGUAGUCCUUAGCUACUUUGCCUUGAGACAAUCUUAAUAAAUUAACCUGGGGCUAGACUUUGCACUCCCCAGCCAUGGCAAGCUUAGGAAAACGGGUUCAGUUUUUUAUUAGGGACCCUCAGGUCUGACCUAACAUCAGAUUCUUGAUUUAUUUUUUGUUUUGUGUUAAGUGCUGAUCCGGCCUGCCAUAGAACUGAAACACAUUGCUCACAAUUAGCCUCAACGCAAGGAAAUUGUAGUUAUAGAACUUCGGGUUUGUAACAAGAAACAGUCACGUCAUAUUAUUUUACUUUUAAUGUUGGUGGAAAUACUGUGAUAUAGGCACGCUGGUGAAAAGACGAAGGUAGACUAUAGCAGUGACAUAUGUAUUUAUAUCACAUUUAAUUCCCGUUAAGGCCUUCAUACAUCUCCGAACUCAACAACUCAGCUGCUGAAUGUUGGCGAUACAGUGAUAUAAAAUACAGGAAAUCCUUCAACCUCAGAUAAGCUACAAUAGACCGCUCAGUUACCUCUCUCUCACAUCACUACGCAAUACCGAUCUGUCGCACGCAGAUGCGUGGAUGCACUCAGCCGAAUUUUAUGUUCAGUGUUUAUUUCUUUUCAUACGUUUUAAGUCGCUCAUUGAGAUUCUGAAGUCUCACCAAAUUGUUUUACUGGUCUGGCGACAUUUUGUUUGUAAGAAUGUGUUUGAGCAGGGGGAAAGGUGUCCCUCAAGAGGACAUAACCUUCUUCCUUUUUUGUGUAAGGCAGAGACGAACCAAAACACGGACCUGGUCGUCGAUGCUGUUUAGGAGAACAGAAACCGUAUGUUUGUGAUGACUGGGAAAUGCCGAAAUGCCACGGAAUGACUUUGAGUGUAAGAUUUCCCUUCAUCCGAUGGAAGGCACUUUAACCUUGGGGUCAAGUGCCUUUACACUUGGCUUAUGAACAGAUGUUUCCAGCUGGUGCUAUGACGCGAAUUUACUGAAGCUUUCAGUAACCAAAGGAACUGAAAUUUAUUGUGGAAGAUCUUAAACCCUUAAGAUUUCGAAGAGCGAAGAGGGAAAAAAGAGAUUACAUCAGGCACUUAAAGAAUGGGUGGGGGUGUUUUUGUUUUGUUUUGUUUUUAGAAUAAUAGUAUAUCUAUAAACAUGUGUCACUUAUGCAUAUUUAGACAAAUUUAUACUUGUAAUAACUAUUCAGAGACAGUUUCUAGAACGAUCUACAAAAAGCAAAGGCGUUUUAAGCUAAAGUAAAGCUGUUAUCAUUUUUAUAAGGCUGUGAAUCACACUUGGUUGUGACUGAUUGUUUUAGGGUUGAUGCAUAUAAAAAUCAGCUACUGAUGUUUCCAAUAGGGAUUUUGUGCACCUCACUUCAUAUAAACGCAGGUUAGAACUUGCUUUUCCCAUC